AUGGUGUUAAGCGCGUGUGGGCGGUGUAUAAAAUGGUGGGGAAAUUUUUCUUCCAUACAUCUCGCCGUUUCGUUAGGUCUCUACGAAGUUGUUAAAUUAUUAUGGGAGCACGGAGCUGAUCUGAAAUCUAAGACGACUAGAGGAAUUGAACCAGUAGACUUUCUCUUCAAUAACAUAUAUUCAGUACGAUCACUAGAAAACCACGAUGUCCGAGUUUCCGAAGCUGAAGAUUAUGAAAUCCUGAAACUAAUGUACGCCGCUGGGGUGGAUCUAGAUACGAAGGACAAAUGUUUCAGACAAUCAACUUUACUUCAUCGUGUAACCAAACUGAACAACGAAGAAAUUACAAGAUAUUUAAUUAAUCUUGGCUGUGACGUCAAUUGCGUUGAUAGCAAUGAUAAGACGCCAUUGCGACACUGUGUUGUUGAUGCAUUGGAAUGUGCUAGAAUUCUUCUUCAAAAUAAUGCUAAUCCUAACUCUCGGGAUAAUUUCGGUAAUACUAUUUAUCACGACAUGAUGAGUUACAGAUAUUUGGGAAAUUCAAAUUGUCCUCUUCAUUUUUUGCGUCUGUUACAUGAUUAUAAUGUUGAUCCAAAUGCUCGCAACGAUGUUGGGCAGACAGCUCUGCAUGUUUAUUUUGACAAUAUGAUACCAGGAGUGAGAACUGAGAAAAUGAUAGACACAAUGUUGAAAUACGGUGCUGAUCCCAACAUCACAGAUGAACUAGAUAGAUUGCCUAUAUAUUACUUGAUUGGAUGCUCACAUAAAACCUUGGAUGCAUGGAAUAUUAUAUGGUCAUUAUUAAUCAAAACUCUUGAUUAUGGUGCGAAUUUGAACAAAGUCGAUAUUAUCGGAAAGCCGCUGCUUCAUGAGCUGGUAGAAAGUUGUUUAUCCUGUCCGAAAUAUUUUGAUUCAAAAUUGUUCAAGGAAGUCUUUCGUUCAAGGUAUAAUGUUGAAGUGAAUUGCCAAGAUCUUCAUAGUCGAACAGCACUUCAUUUAGUAUCAGCGAAAGGAAACUGGACAAUGGCAGAAAUUCUUAUAAAUUAUGGCGCAGAUAUCAAAACUGAGGAUUGCGACGGUAAUACUCCCUUAGAUGUUGCAAUAUUGUGUAAGCAAUGGGCAUUUGCUAGAAAAUUGCUUCUCUUGCCGUUAAGACCCUGUACCAUCGUUGAUUACACUUUAACGAACGAACAUGCCAAUUCAAGUGAAGGAAAUCCGGGAGCUUUAAACCGAUUCAAACAAGUUUGCAGAAACAACAAUCAACAAGACCACAUUUACCAUAUUUUUCAAAAGAAGAAUAACAGUUUCCUGCACUGUUCGACUGAAGAAAUUCGUCAAAAUAUCAAAGAAAGAUUAGACAAAUUCCGCCGAACUAUGUCACUGGCCAAUACGUGCAUGCAACAAGAUAAAGCAUGUUUAAAUUCUGGGCGACAGUGCGCAGAAUGGACCCCAAACAAGCUUGAUAUAAUAGCAAAACAUGUUGAACAGGGUAAAGUUCUCUUUUUGGACGGAGUAGAAGCAGAAAUGCGUUUCUGUGGAAAUACAGUAUGUCCUGUUCCGAUAAUACACGGGAAUAUCUUCAAUGAGAUUAAUAAAUCGUCAUUGUUUGAGAUGUGUGAAGAAAACAGCGUUGGCGAAUUUCAUAUCAUUGAAGAAUGUGGGGAAGAACACUGCCUAAUUGCAAAACAAGUAUUUUGUUUGAUGACAGAUCUUGUACAGAAAUGCUCAGAAAUUGAUCCGAGAUUAGAAAGCAACAUUUUAUGGGCCGGGAGUAGUGCAGAAGGAACGAAGAUGUGGUUUCCUGAUGAAUUUGAUUUCCUGAUGGAGCUUGUGGGAUUGCGAGACAAAUGUGAAUUUAAUGAUCCAAUGUGGACCACAGCUAAGCUUCUCGUAAAAGAGGGGUAUCAAGAGUCGUGGUCAAAUUUUUGUCUUGAAGACUCGUACAUUCUUUCCAACGUCAAGCUAAAGAAGUAUAUCUCAACGUUGCUAUGGAAAGCUGCUUGUCUCUUGGAUAGGAGGAAAUAUAAGAAUAUUCGCUUCAGUUUAUGCAAGUACGACAAAAUCCUGCAUACAUUCAUUAAAACAACGAAAGUUGGUGUCAAUAUUACAGUUUGUUGGUGCGGUGAGAAAUAUAAGAACUUGAUAAUCAGCAUAGAUUUGACACCAGCAAUAUCCGUCACUCUCGCAGAAAAACAGUUCUCAAGGAUUCAUAAACACGGUGUUAGAAGAUUGGUUGAUAAUCAUAUUCACGUUAUUCCGUACGUUAAACAUGGUGAACACGGCCUCGAGUGGCGACCCUCAUUUUCGCUUACGGAAGUCCACAUUAUGAAAAAAUUACCACGGAAACAGAUCGCGCUUUAUAAAGGUUUGAAGUUCUUUCGGGAUAUUCACGAGAGUGUUUUCGCAGCAAUUCCUUCAUAUUAUUUAAAAACUUUCUUUUUUAACUAUAUCUUUCUGGACAGUAGUGGUCGUGACAACUUUUUGGUUGAGCAUGAAAAUUUUCAUUCCAGUUUGUGUCGCAUUCUUUAUCGCCUGAAUCUAGUUGCUUGUUCUCUGCAUGCCGAUGGAAACAUCCAACAUUUCUUCUUAAAUUAUCAUCUUUAUCUAAGUGAUUAUGAUAUGAGAUGGAUAAAUUCUACUCUGAAUAUUCUUGAAAAUUGCUAA